CCAGGUGGACCUCGACCCGAGCCCAAGUUCAAUUGACAAAAACCCUAAAGGGCAAGCCAUGUAAUAGCUGACGCAAGUGCUUCUUCUAGGGUUUUACUGAGAGGCCGUUUCUGCUCUACCGCUCAGUCGUCUCCAUACGAACCCGCCGUCGCCAUGGUGAACGUUCCCAAAACAAAGAAGACCUACUGCAAGAGCAAGGAGUGCAAAAAGCACACCUUGCACAAGGUUACCCAAUACAAGAAAGGAAAGGAUAGCCUUGCUGCUCAGGGGAAGAGGCGUUAUGAUCGUAAGCAGUCAGGUUAUGGAGGUCAGACCAAACCAGUGUUCCACAAGAAGGCAAAAACUACCAAGAAGAUUGUUCUGAGGCUCCAAUGCCAGGGUUGCAAGCAUGUGUCCCAGCACCCGAUCAAGAGGUGCAAGCAUUUCGAGAUUGGUGGAGACAAGAAGGGGAAGGGAACCUCGCUUUUCUAAAUUACUGCUUCCGACAGAUUUUGUGUUACUUUUCUAUCUAUUUGGAGCUUUAAAGCAAAUAUCAUGGUUUUAAUUAUCCUUGUUAUUAGGUUUCUGUUAAACAUCAGAUUGUUCUUGACGAUAUUUUCCCUGCUUUAAAUUGAUGUUAGAGUUUCUGUUUGAAA